AUGGUCGUCGUACAUGCUAUAGCUACAUUAACAACUAUAGGAGCAGCUACAAAAGCAACAGGAGCUGUAGGCUCGCUGGCUGCUCUAUUCGGAACUACUACUCUUCAGAUACUCUCGAGCAGCACAGUCCUCGGAACCGGCACAGCAGCCAUCAGUCUUCUCAUCCACAUGGGCAUGCAUGCGUUUGACGUUUACUCAAAACGACUAAACAAAAUUCCGCUCCCAGGAGGAGACAUGCCGAGCACCGGUCCAGACUCACCAAUAUACAGCAUCACAUCCACAAUACUGAGCAAAUACUCUGAUACGAUGGAAACAGCUAAAAAUCUCACUCUGUCGUACUCCGUCACCAAUUCGAUAUUUGCAAUGAUCUUAUUCGCCAUUGGUCUAACGGCCAUUUCCAUUGCAUUUUCAUUUGUUCUUUUGUCCACCGUGACCCACACGGCUUCUGCUGUCAGCAAAGUGCUGGAGUACAGCGGCCUAGAGAACGCCGUGAAAAGAGAAAAAGACGACACAGGAAUUAUCAGAAAGGACAUAACAAAUAAGAGCGAAGAAGGAAAGUACGACGUAAAAUUCUCUGAAAAAGACGGGGAGAACAUGAUCCAAAGCAGCUACUACUCCAUUUUCAGAAUAGCAAUGGUCUCAUCCUUCCUCGUGAUGAUUGGGCUUGUAUCCUCGUACCUUGGAAUGGUCAGCAUAGGGUACAUAUUCCCUGUCUUCUCCAAGCCGUACUUCAUGGACACUUUGCUGAGCUUAAAGGCGCACUCCCUCAUAUUCCUAGACGCAGUGCAGGGCACAGUUGAGCAGUCUUUUGUUUCUGCUCUGUUCACCGGUCUGAUUGACUGGCUGGUUUCUCUUUGGUUUAUCUUCAAAAGCGCCGCACUAAACUCCAACUAUUUAAUGAGCUGGCUGGUUGCCAUAUUUAUAUCCAUUGGUGCGCUGCCUGUUGCCUACUCUCUGGCUCUUCUGAGGCCGUCCAAUCUGGUCAAAGGAUUCACCGAGAUAGUCAACUAUCUGGUCAAGUCGCUAUUUAUUAUGCUAUUCGGUAUAGUAUCUCUUAUACUGCUUAUGUAUCCCAUACGAGUGCUCACCAUUGUCUUCCCUUCUACGCUUAUACUGAUUGAGUUCCCUAUUUCCUUCAUAGCAUACACUGUCAGUGAAGUGAUCAGCAGAAUGGCAACAGCACCCAUAGCCACAGCGCUCACAGAGAAUGCUCUGCUCGUAUAA